CGUUUUCUGCUUACUGCGAUCAUAUGAAACUUGUUUUGAUUUUUCUUCUAAAAAGUCAAACGAUCGUCAACAGACUUAAAUGUGAAACUUAGAAUGGAUCGUCUAAAUGUCAGGCCUCGGCAAGAGUUUUCCAAAAGCAAGUUGAAUCUGCAGUCCAGCUCUUCCAGCACAGCCGAUUGAAUGAUGCAAAUUUUGCUGGGUCUCUGCCUCUUUUGUGGGGCUUCAGCCCUGGGGACCGUGGGGUACCUGCUAACCCAGUUACUGUCCCCGACACCUUGGUCACUGCUCGGACUGCUCUACGUUGCUGGCGUCGCAUGGCUCACAGCUUUUUCCGUGCAAUCUGGCCUGGAGGCUCUGAUAAAUGUCCACAAGCCUCUGUCAGUGGAAACCGUAGACUCAUACAUCAGCAUGGCUAGAGACGUCGGUUUACUGUGCAGAAGCAAACCAGUCGUCCAAAGCGAUAGGACAGAUGCUGUCCGCUGCGAAAUUGAGCUACUACUUGGUGAGCUGCACGCCAUUCUCAUCGCCGGAUGGUUCGACUCGCUGAGCCCGAGAGACGCAGACUUCCCCAGAAUGUCAAGGGUUGCGUUUACAAGGGCUGCCAUGGAAAUUGAAACGUGUGUUCGGAGAGUCACUCCUGUCCAAGCUGCCAGGGCUGUGCUUACGUUGUCCAUUGGGCACGCGCGACGCAUCAAAGGUGGCCCUUGGCCUAAAACAGACGAAGAGAUGGCCCUGAACAUCACAGCCGAAACCCUGGUCAUGUCCCUCCUUCCCCCUGAGCUGUGCGCACCGCCAACCGGACCUCUACUGUCAUCCUUGCUGGCUCACGGAGCCCUGAUCAGUGCCCUUUCCCUGGUGGCAGACCCUGGCUGGCUGCAAACUCAGAUGGCCUGGGGUCUUGGAGGGGAGACGGAAGCCCUGCCACCGGAGCGCCCUAAGACUCUUUCCCUCAGCACAACCACCACAGAGGAAUUUCGGGAUCCGUUGAGCCAGGACUAUGACGAGGAGGUGGAGGAGGAGGCGGAAGCAACUCCCGAAUAUGAAGAGGCGAGUGACCUGGCCUCCUCAAUAGCAAAACUCAGGGCCUUGCUCGCGGCCAAAGAUGAAGCAGAGAAGGCGUCGGAACUGCCGAAUGACGACCGGCCUUUCAUGAAUCUCUCCAUCGUGGGCAACGAGGUCGUGGCAGAAGGCAGCGGUCUUCCUUAUGUACUCUAUUGCAUUCAGUAUGAAGUAGUCGUGAUUGGGGAUGGAGGUCCCAGACUGGCAGUGAUGCAGGUCAAGCGCAGAUUCCAAGAGUUUCUCAACCUGCAAUCCCGACUUGAAGAGCAGCCUCACCUCAAAGCUGCCCUCCGAGGUGUUAAAGGGCCUUCAAAAUGGCUCGCUCUGGCAUUCAGCAAAGCAGGUCAGCAGACAACAGCGCAACGCCAGCCGGUGCUGGAGCGCUACUUGCAGCAGCUGUGCGAGCAGCCUGUUCUGGCACGUUGCGAGGCGCUGCAGACCUUUCUGGCGUAUGGCAGCCCCACUGCCAUGGCGUUCACCAGAGGAUCCUCUGAACGGCUGGACCGUCUCUUCGCCAGGACUGUCAGCGAUGUUCUGCACACCAUAAAAACGGCGCUACCCAACUUUGAGGAUCAGGUUGUUGAGCAGUCUGAAAAUCAUGGCUUCUAUGACGUUCGCCAUUCCUUCAUGGAAAGACCUCCACAGCUGAAGGAGCUGGGCAGAGACAUAAAGCGAUUCCUAUCCUCCCGCGUGGUGGAAGCGGCAAGCGAAGCAUUCCCCGACAAACCAUGCUCGCCAGUGACCCCCAUUGGGCCCCCCCUCCUUCCAGAUUGUUCCCUGGUCAGUCUGCUGGAGACCCUGCUGAAGGAAAUUUCGCCCUCGUGCUGGCUGUGGCAGAGUCCCCUUCUGGGCGCAGUCAGAACUCUGCUGUCCCACUGGCUGGAAAACCGGCUGCAAAGCGUCGCUUCGGAGCUCUGGUCGUCGCACUCUGCGCUCACUUUUCUCAGGCUCUGCAGACUGGCGCUGGCGCCGGGACCGCCUUUGGUGCGGCCGACCAGGGAGGAGGGCCACAAGGCCCUGGCAGCGGUGCUUGUACCGCCCACCUGGCUGUCCUUUGUUCUGGGCAACAGUAGCGUCACCGAGGGCAGGGAUUUGCUGCUAAGGGCGUUCGCGUGCGAAACGAGCAACAGGCAGUUAGGCCUCGACGUCGCUCUUUUAGCCACCUAUUUGGCUAUCAAGUAAUUUGACGUUAUAUCUUUUGUCGGCUGUGCGAAAUUCAAGUCCUGAAUCUAUUUGUAAGGAGUUAUGUUGAGAGUUACCUCAUUGUUUAAUCAAAAAUAUAUUUAUGUUGACCAUUCUAAUAUGAUGCAGUAAUAAAACUCAAACUUCAUCAUAAA